ACCAAGCAUUAUUUAUACAUAACUUAGGAGUAAAUGGGUAAAUAUAGGUUUUUAGUAGAAACACCAGGUGGCAUGGCCGAAUUCCGAAGGGAUUAUAACAUCCCUGACGAUGUCCACCUAACCUUAGCCAAAAAAGAUGUUAUACCUUGGGGAAACCAGGGCUUUAUACCCUUUACCCUUUUAUCAAUAAUAGAAACCGGACUAAGAUUUCCAGUCCAAUCCUUAAUUUGUGAAUUCCUUAGGCAAACGAGAAUAUGCCCAACCUAGCUUUCCACCAACUCAUACCGCAUAAUAAUGGGCAUAGCCGAGCUAAACCGCCGUGCUGGCAUUAACCUUAGCUUAGACGAACUGUUCCAUCAAUACUCCAUAGGGUCAAAAGAAGACGGCUGGGUUUACUAUCUUAGAAUGCGCCGCCGCCGAGAAAAAAUAAUAAAAGACACACCGGACAAAGACUUGAAUAAUGAUGACUUUUUCUGGGUGUCUGGCAAUUUUGAAGACCAGCAAGCCUAGAUCCAUAGCCGAAGUAUAAACAGAAAUAAAGGAGAACCUGGUAUAAUUACUUCGGUUUGUUGGCAUGCUUUGUUUUAUUUCGGUUACCUACUCCUGAACCAAACUAACAGUUUGUCUUCUUUAUGCAGAUUCAGCCCAUCUUCAAUCCUUGUACAGUUACCCCAACCCGAACACUAUCCGCGCCGCACUACGUUUUCCAGAAAGAAGUUGGGCCAAACUUCUAAAUUUCGAACCGACAUACAGAUACAGCGGCCGCCGAAAAGCCAGAGUAACUGACUUUUUGUUGGAGGACGCCUCCGAACUGGACCCAACCUUGCCACAAAUUAUACUAAUCCCACUGACUGCUGAAGAAGAGAUGGCCAAAAGGAACAGAGUCAGGGCUCUCUUGACCGAGACAAACAGGGCCGAGGUACCACCACCAAACCAAACACAAGAAACAGUGGUGGCCCUUCCAUCUCAACAACCUUCUUCAUCACGCCGAACUAAGCGCGCCCGUACUACCCAGACCGAACAACGCUUAAUUGAUGAAGACGAAACCACUCUGCCACCAAGCCCACCACCGAGCUCGCAACCGGAACAUGCCGACCGAGCCAGCUCUUCCAAGUGGGCACCCAAACUGACUUUCCAGAACCGUGAUAUUCAGGAUACUGAUUCAGUUGUCGCUGAAAAAGACCAUCUAAUGGUUUUCAACUUUGCCAAGAGUGUGUGCCUCCCAGUUGACAUGGAGCACCACAAGAACUUGACCGAGCUAAAGGCCAUCUGCUCGGCCACGAAAUCCAUGAUCCUGGCCGUGCAAAAGGGCCAAAUUGCGCAUAAAAAGGUGUUGGAGCUCAGGAGCACAGUAAGGCAAGCCAUGGCAGAGGUUGAAGUAAAAACAACCGAACUGAAGGAGUCCUACCAGAAAACGGACGAGCUAGAGGCCGAGGUAGCUCGUCUGACCGGACUAGUUACCUCGGCCGAUGCAGACAAACAGAAGGCCCUAGUUGUGAUGAAGGAUAAGUAUCUUUGUGAGCUAGUCAAGCUCGAAGGUAAGAAGGACGCCGAGAUAACAGAGCUAAAGAAGAAGGCAGAAGACGCCAAGCUCCGGGGUUUCAAGGAGGGUGAAGCCCUUUAUAUCAAACAAUGUGAAGCAGCAAAGGAUUUGUUCUUCAAGUGCGGCUGGAGAGGUGCAGUGGAGCAGCUCGGUUACGGGCCUGAAACCGAAAUCUACAAUGCUCCUCAGUAUUUCAUUCCGGCCUCACUGGCGGAGUAUGCUGCCGACCUUCAGAAACAAUUUCUUGAAGAAGGUGGAGAUGAAGGCUCUUCUUCUGAAGACGACUCCCAGCUCGGUCGCCAACCUACUUCUCCAAUUCCAGCGAUCUCUAAUCCCCUAGCGCCUGAUGCUAUAGUCGUGUCUCCAGCUGAGCCGAACCCAGAGGAGCUUGUUUCAACCAAGCCCAACCGAGUUCUGGCUACGACCGAACUUCCUUCUGAGACCGGACUCAGAGUUGAGCUGGAUGCUGAUCUGGACGAUCUCUUUAACUGA